AUGACCUGGCUGUACAAAGGCAUAGGGACUCAGGCAGACGAGAACUCCUGCUCCUUCUCUGAAUCGGAUUUUCCUGACUGUAGAGCCCAGAUCAACCCUUCCAUUCCAUCGAUUUGGACCGCAGCUUUGGGAGUGAUGAUUUCACUGAAAGUGCAGUGGUGGAUAAAGGGGAAGCAGGGUUAGGUAAUUUCACUGGGUCAUGCUCUGUCACCUAGGCUGGAGUGCAAUAGAACAUUCUCAGCUCACCGAAUCCUCAGCCUCCCAGAGGGUUCAAGCCAUCCUCCCGCCUCAGUCUCCCAAGUAGCUGAGACCACAGCUUUGUAUCCAGUGGAGGAGGCUUGGGCCCAUGCUGGUAAAAUGAGAAGUUAG